CCAUGAGAUGAAUGGGUCUUGUUAUUAGUCACUGAGCAUCUUCGCUGGCUGCAGCAGAAAGGAGGAGGAGGGAGCUGUCCUCGCAUCAAUGAGCCUGUUGAUCAGAAAAGACCAUUGGACUGGUAAUGACACAGUUCACCGAUCAGUCCAGGAGAAAAUAAAACUCUGCUUUCAUCCUCCUCCCCUCCUUAAGCCGGACGUCCUCGCAGGUUGAUUCAGUCUACCUCAGAUACGACACCUGAUCAGACGACCAUGGUUUGGACCGCAGCCUUCCUCAUGAUCUUUGUUCUUUGCGCUGGUUCAGAAGACUACUGUUAUGAUGAGCCUCACUGUGAUCCUUACGCUUGGGGAGACUCAUUCCCUUUGUGUCACCCUUUACUUGAACACCAUCACUCCCCCAUCAACCUGGACCAGCACAUGAUCAGGAAUGACUCCCUGGGACCUUUACAGCUGGAGGGCUUUGAUGAGAUCCAAACGGGCCACUGGACGUUAGAAAACGACGGACACUCUGUUGUGCUACAGGUUGGCAGCGGCAUGGAGGUGAGUGGUGGUGGCCUCCCAGAUGUGUACUACACCGUCCAGCUGCACUUCCACUGGGGAGGUCCGGCCACGAACGGUUCUGAACACACAGUGGACAGACGCCGAUACCCAAUGGAGAUGCACAUCGUCAACAUGAAGUCCAUUCACCCAAACAUGUCUGCUGCUCUGGAUGAUCCAACGGGACUUGCUGUCCUCGGCUUCCUCGUAGAUGUUGUUUACGCAGACAACGUCCACUUUGGGCACAUAUCCCAAAAGCUUUCUUCUGUUGCUUACAAAGGCCAAACGACUAAAGUGAAACCAUUUCCUCUGCUGAGCCUGCUGCCCAAACACAACAUGAGUCAGUAUUACCGUUACUACGGCAGCCUCACCACCCCUCCAUGCUCUCAAGCAGUUGUUUGGACUUUAUUUGAGGUUCCCAUCUACAUCUCGUGGUCCCAGCUGGCUCAGUUUACCUCACAGAUCUUCUCCACGAAAGAGGACGCAGAGCAGGUGACGCCGCUGCAGAACAACUUCAGACACAUCCACCCCACCUUCAGCCGCACCGUGACGGCCUCCAGAGAUGCCAAACUCCUCACGGGGACGGCCGGUCAGCCGCCCAGGUUGGCAGCGUCAGUGCUUCUGCUACAAAUCGUUUUAUGUGGAGGCUUCAUGUUUAAACUUUAGAGUGUUGAGUUGAAAUCACUCAGCAGGAAGUUGUUUUUCUGUUCCAAAACUCCAAAUUCCUCAAAUCUUUAUGGCGUUUUAACAAGUAUGUGUCUGUCGUGUACUAUUCUUCUGAUGAACUACUUUUUACUGGAUAAUGGAUCUGAAGAUGAAGUUUCUUUUAACAGAUUAGUGAAAAGUUCAUUUCUGUAGUUCAUUUCACUCAAAAACAACAUUUAUAAGAGAUUGUUUUGAUAUCUGAAUAUGAGAGAAAGUGAAACAAUUCACCAGCAAGAGGUCAGACUUUAUAAAACUGUGAAACAAACAAAAGUACUGUACGUGUUAUUUAAUGUAUUUACAGUUAUUUAACUUUAACUCUGGAGCCAACAGUUUGAUGUGAAGUGAGCAGGAAAUGUUUUAUUUUCCUACACAUACAUGAAUUUCUAACCAA